AUGUCGGACCCCAACAAUCCUAAUAUCAAGAUUAGAUCCACUCCACAAUGGUCUCUCUACAGACGGGAUGCAUUCUGGAAUACCAACAAUGGCGUCUAUCCACUUUUCAACACGGACCCAGCUGAGGUCGAGAAGCUCGCGAAGGAGAAAUUGUCCCAAGGCGGAUGGUACUAUUCGUCAUGUAAUGCGGGCAUGUCUUGGACCCAUCUGGCUAACCGCCAGGCAUUCUACCGCCACCGCAUUAUUCCGCGCACUCUAGUGGACACGAACACUAGAGAUACCGUGACUGAGAUCUUCGGUCAUCGAGUCUCGGCUCCCAUCGGCUUCGCCCCCAUUGGUAUCAAUCGCAUUUAUCAUGCUACCGGCGAGCUUUCGGUUGCCAAAGUUGCCGAGGAAUUGAACUUGGCGUACUGCCUUUCCUCUGCUGGUAGCUACAGCAUCGAAGAUGUUGGAAAGGCCAACGGCAACGGUCCGCGUUUCUUCCAGCUGUACCAGAGCCACGACGAUGAGCAGGCCAUUUCUAUGAUGCAGCGCGCCUGGGACUCGGGCUAUGAUGCAUGCAUGCUCACCACCGACACCUGGUCUCUUGGAUGGCGCCACAAUGAUGUCUUCACCGGCAACUACGCAUUCUACCACGAUCACGGUGUAGGUGAUAUUGGCCUGCAGGACCCUGUGUUCCAGCAGCGCUUGAAAGAGGCAGGAAUCGACCCUAAGAAAAAUCCCAAGGAGGCCGGUGCCAAAUGGAUCGACGAGAAUAUUUGGCAUGGCCGGGCCCAUACCUGGGAGAAGGUCAAGUGGACCAUGGCCCAAUGGAAGCGGAUAAGCGGCGGUAGACCUUUCUGUUUGAAGGGAAUUCAAAGCGUCGAGGCUGCUGAGAAAUGUGUUGAAAUUGGCAUUGACGGCAUUGUUGUGACGAACCAUGCCGGUCGCCAGGUGGAUGGUGCCAUCGCUAGCCUUGAUGCUCUGGAAAAGAUUGUCGAUGCCGUCGGUGAUAGGCUAUACAUCAUGUUCGACUCUGGCGUGCGCAGCGCUGCGGAUGCUUUCAAGGCUCUUGCUCUGGGGGCUAAGUUUGUCUUCCUAGGUCGAUUGUGGGUUUGGGGUUUGAGUAUUGCUGGCGAGGCUGGCGUGCGACAUGUGAUGAAAAGUUUCUUGGCUGAAUUUGAUAUUCUGAUGGAGGAGGCUGGAUUCCAAUCUAUUGAACAGAUUGAUAGGUCGGCUAUCGACAGCCUUCCCAACACUUCAAAUUUGAUCGCUGAACACAGUCGGAUUUGA